AAAGUAAUGAAGAUUAAAAAAACAAAAGGUUUAUGGAGAUGAGAGAGAGAGGGGGUUGUUCCUGAAGCCUUUUGACCUUUCAAGACACAGACAGCAUCUUUCCUUUGAUUCUUUCAUCUCAAAAUACAUAUUUUUCAAUUCAAGCAUAUAUAUACAUACAUAACUUCACCACAUAAAGAUUCAACUAUUUUAGGGUUUAAUGUGAGAAACAGAGAUACAAACUAGAAAACAAAGGCUAGAGAGAGAAAGAAAAAAAGAUUCAAUUAAUUGAUCCAUCUAGACACCUUUUAUCAUCUUCUUCUUCAUCAUCUUUGAAAGCUGAAUUGGUGUUUAUGUGUACCAAAAAUGUUGGAAAAGAUGUAAAGAAGAAGAAGAAGAAGAAGAAUCAGUUCACUGAUCCAUCAACAAUCAGCUUAUGUAUCAUCUCAAUCAACUACAACAACAACAAACCUCAUAGCAUUUCAACAUAUUCACAGUGUGUGUAUUUGUGUGAACGUGUGUGAAAAAUGGAUGACAACAACGACAAGAACGAUAUACCACCAGCCGAAGAACUAUUAAAGAAGAUCCACGAUUUAGAAGAAAGUCAUGCUCAUCUCAAACAAGAAAUGUCAAGGCUAAAGAUCUCCGAAGACCAACAAAAAUCCAACCGACAAAGGUCUAGUUCGGUAUCUCCACGCCGCCCUCGCCGGAGACGCAUGGGCGGCGUGGCUGGUGGGUUGCUUGACGGCGGCGCAGUGGCGGCCUUAAAAAUGGGUUCAGCGUCUUUUGGGCACGCAUCACCAUUGAGGAGAGAAACUCGCAGCGGUGAUGUUAGUUACGACGAUAAUAACAAACACGCCAGUUCUGUCGUGAGUGGUGGUGCGGCCACCGAAGAGCGUGGCGGUGCCGCUGUCGGAGAGAGUGGUGGUGUUUGUGGGCCUUCGGCUGUGAAGCUGACGGAGACGCAGUACUUGAAUAUAUUGCAGUCAAUGGGCCAGGCUGUUCAUAUAUUCGAUCUCAACGGCAACAUAAUCUAUUGGAACCGUACAGCCGAAGAGCUUUACGGUUACACAGCUGCCGAAGCUCUUGGAAGAUCACCCAACGAGCUUUUCGUAGAACCGGAUGCGUAUCACUUAGCAGAUGCUAUCAUUCAAAGAACGAUAAAGGGGGAAGGUUGGUCGGGUCAAUUUCCGAUCAGGAACAAAAGAGGGGAAAAAUUUGUUAUUAUUGCGACAAAUACGCCGUUUCGUGAUGAGAAUGGGACAUUAGUUGGGGUUAUAUGUGUAUCAUGUGAUACCCGCCCGUAUCGAGAAAUGAAGCCCGUCGGGAAUAUUAGUGCACCAAGGAGAAUUGCUUCCGCUAAACUUGGGCUUGAUCCUCAACAACCUCUACAAACUGCAAUCGCCUCGAAGAUUUCAAGUCUGGCUUCAAAAGUUAGCAACAAGGUAAAAUCCAAAAUAAAAACCGGAGAAAACUUCAUGGAUCAUGAAGCGAGUGGAGACGGUCAUUAUUCCGAAAACGACUUAAACGCCGCUGAUCAUAAAGACGAUGGAUAUUCAAGUGGAGCGAGCACCCCAAGGGGUGAUAUUUCUCAAACACCGUUUAAAGAUCAAUUUACCGGAAAACACUCGACAGAUUCCGGUGAUGAUAGUGAAAACAAACCCGGUAUCCACAAGAUAUUAUCGUCAAAAGCAGAGGCAUGGAUGGGUAAAAAGGGAAUUACAUGGCCAUGGAAAGGAAACGAAAGAGAAGGGGAUUCGAAAACGGGUCGGUUUGGUUUGAAUUGGUUGCAUAAUGAUCAAGAACACGAGUCGGGUCAACAAACAGGCUCGCCAAAAGCAGAAAGUCAACCGUGGGAAAAUAAUAAUAGAAAUGAGGCUCCGGGGUCGUGGUCUUCUUUUAACGUUAAUAGUACUAGCAGUGCUAGCAGUUGCGGCAGUACGAACAGUAGUGCCGUUAAUAAAGUGGAUAUGGAGAUUGAUAACUUGGAUUACGAAAUUUUGUGGGAAGAUUUAGUAAUUGGAGAGCAGAUUGGACAAGGUUCAUGUGGGACGGUAUACCAUGCAUUGUGGUAUGGAUCGGAUGUUGCCGUCAAGGUUUUCUCAAGGCAAGAAUAUUCAGAUGAUGUUAUAUUAUCCUUUAGACAGGAGGUAUCUCUCAUGAAAAGGCUUCGGCAUCCAAACAUACUACUCUUCAUGGGUGCCGUAAUGUCACCUCAACGCCUAUGCAUCGUCACAGAGUUCCUUCCCCGUGGAAGUUUGUUCCGGUUACUUCAAAAGAAUACAUCUAGAUUAGAUUGGAGACGCCGAGUUCAUAUGGCCGUGGAUAUAGCCCGAGGCAUGAAUUAUCUUCAUCAUUGUAACCCACCCAUCAUUCAUCGGGAUUUGAAAUCUUCAAAUCUUCUUGUCGAUAAGAGUUGGAAUGUAAAGGUUGGGGAUUUUGGUCUCUCUCGUAUCAAGCAUGAAACCUACCUUACAACAAAGACGGGGAAGGGAACGCCGCAAUGGAUGGCUCCUGAAGUUCUUCGGAAUGAACAGGCUGAUGAAAAGUCUGAUAUAUACAGCUUCGGUGUAGUAUUAUGGGAACUCACCACCGAGAAGAUUCCUUGGGAUAGUCUUAACUCAAUGCAGGUGAUCGGAGCUGUAGGAUUCAUGAAUCAACGGCUAGAUAUUCCCAAAGACGUGGAUCCUCAAUGGGCUUCUCUUAUCGAAAGCUGUUGGUGCAGUGACCCACAAUCCCGACCAACAUUCCAAGAAAUACUGGAUAAACUAAAAGAAUUGCAGAAGAAGCUCAACGUUCAACUUCAGGCAUCGCGUACUGCCUCUGCCACCACCACUUCAGCCGGAGAAAACAAUGGCUCAAAUGAAUCGUAAAAGAAUCACACAAGCGUGAAUCACUUUGACCAUUUUUUUAAUGCUGCAAAGUAUUUUGAGUGUCGAGUUGGUUGGUUUUUGUAUGCUGAUUUGGCGGUCGCUCUUGGUCUUGUGCACGGUUGUUGAAAAGAUCAACUUUUGUCAGAAAAAAAAAACAUUCUGGUCAAUCGGAGCGCCAUUGUUUUGUGAUCCAUAAGGAACACUUGGCGAUUGUUUUGUAUAGGGUACAUGAAUUACCUAUUUUUAGGAUUGUAAAAACAAGCGAGUCUAUGUAGAUUUGGAGUUUUUAUUUUUGCUUUACAUACUUUCUUUUUCUAGACA